AUGCUUCCCGGAGCGGGCGCCCUCGCCUUCCUCCUCCGGUGCCUGCUGCUGCUCGUCGCUCCUGCCCGGACUCGGCCAGAUAUGUUCUGCGAUUUCAAUGGCAAGAAGUACAGCCCAGGAGAGAGCUGGCACCCCUAUCUGGAGCCUCAGGGGCUAAUGUACUGCAUCCGCUGCACCUGCACCGAGAAUGCCAACAUGAGAUGCUAUCGGAUCCAGUGCCCAGCUCUGCAGUGUGCCAGUCCCGUCACGGACCCCCAGCAGUGCUGCCCGCGGUGUGGUGAGCCAAAUUCACCUUCUGGCCUCCGGGCACCUGUGAAGUCCUGCCAGUACAAUGGGACAACAUAUCAGCAAGGCGAGAUGUUCACCACAAGCGAGCUCUUUCCCAGCCGCCAGCCGAACCAGUGUGUGCAGUGCAGCUGCUCUGAAGGACAGAUUUACUGUGGCUUGGUGACCUGCCCCGAGCUGUUGUGUUCCUCUCCUCUAACUGUGCCAGAUUCCUGCUGCCAGGUCUGCAAAGAUGGUUCAUAUGAGAAGUCCACAGAAGAGGAACCCCUGCAGUUAAACAGAGGUGUUAGGCACUCGCAAGACCAGUGCUCAGGAGAAGCAAUGGAUAGGAAGCCGCUUGGAGCCACUGCAUCCACCAUUCUUAGUUCCUCCCUGGAGUUCAUUCCCAGGAGCUUCAAACCCAAGGGAGGAGGUGGCACCACUGUCAAGAUUGUUUUGAAAGAGAAGCACAAGAAAGCUUGUGUUUACAACGGAAAGACCUACUCCCAUGGGGAAGUGUGGCACCCCGUGUUCCGGCUCUACGGCCUCCUGCCCUGCAUCCUAUGCACUUGCAGGGAUGGUGUCCAGGACUGCCAGAAGAUCACAUGUCCCAAGGAAUAUCCAUGUGACUAUCCAGAGAAAGUAGAUGGGAAAUGCUGUAAAAUAUGUCCAGAAGCCAGAGUGAAACCCACCGAUGAAAUAAUCACCACCCAAUGUGGCAAGAACCCCAACCAUGUCCUAGUGUACAUGUUUGUACCAUCGAGCUCAGAGACCUCCAAGGAGAUCCUUAGGACGAUUGCGAUUGAGAAGGAACCAUCAGAAGAAGUGGAAAUCUACAACUGGAAGCUGAUUAAAGGGAUAUUUCAUUUAAUACAGACCAAGAAGAUUAGCAAACAGGAAUUCAAGCAAGAAGCGCAGAACUUCAGGCUGAUCACCAGGACAAAUGAAGGUCACUGGAAUAUCUUUCGAGCCCAAACAUCAGACCUGAAGAUGACAGAGAGUCCAGAGAAAGAAACUAAGAACUUGUAA